AAAAAGUUCCCACAAUCAAUUUUAGAAUUCUCCAUAGUAAAGUUUUGACUGAAAACCUCACGAUCUUGAACAGUUACUCCCUCUCCACGACAACUUCCACGCCAAUUCAACGAGGUGUGUAUAUGCUAUGAUGAUAUUUAUUUUCGACGUCCUUCAUGAUUGACACGGAGGAGAAAAUCGAUCAUCUACUCAAUUGUGAUCGUGGUAUUUCUUGGUGCCGGCAUUUGAUGAGCUUUGGCUUAUUUUGUCACCAUGAAUCCAUAGCAAUUGAAAGAUGUCGACACUACUCACUCUAUUCUUCGACACGAGCUUUAGAACCCUCUUGUCAAUCAUGAGGGCACUCUUUAUGCUUGAGAAAUCUUGAAGGCUAACAUAUCGACUUUACAGAUACCUCACUUUUGAUCAACAAAGAUUAUUUGAGAAUCUCUAUCCGUCAAAAUGGUUAAGACUUCAGUCCUCAACGAUGCGCUCAACGCCAUCAACAACGCCGAGAAGGCCGGAAAGCGUCAAGUCCUCAUCCGCCCAUCCUCCAAGGUCAUUGUUAAGUUCCUCGGUGUCAUGCAAAAGCAAGGUAUGCAAGCAACAUUUAUAUUAUACAUUUAUUCGGCAUGAUAACUAGAUAAUGAUCUCAACUCCACACGAUCAAAGUCCUUUAAGUUGCCGAUAUAUUAACCUGCGCGGAUCUUACACGUUCUCUGAAUUUUACCCAUGAAGUUAUAUGUUUAAUCUUUCGCAACAUACUAAUGUUCCUUCCUUUAGGUUACAUCGGAGAAUUUGAGGAGGUUGAUGACCACCGUGCCGGAAAGAUUGUCGUUCAAUUGAACGGCCGGUAAGCAGAGACGUCCAUGUCAUCUUCAAGAAUACUCUGCUAAUUCUACUACAUAGUCUCAACAAGACCGGUGUUAUCUCCCCAAGAUACAACGUCAAGAUCGAGGAUUUCGAGAAGUGGGUUGUCAAGCUUUUGCCAUCCCGUCAAUUCGGACACAUCGUCCUCACCACCUCCGCUGGUAUCAUGGACCACGAGGAGGCUAGACGCAAGCACGUUGCCGGAAAGAUCCUCGGUUUCUUCUACUAAACGAAAAAUAUCAAUAAAAGGGAUACAAAGCAUCAUGAGAAAUGUAGCCAUCUAGGGUCUCCAGCUUCCGGGGUUGGAAUAAUAUCUGGGACAGGUCGCGGAAUAUACCCAUUUCGUUCUUGCUUUACCGCAUAGUUCGAAUUCUUCUCUUGAGGAAUAGAUAGAUCUACGCCAAAAGUCAAUUUAAUCUCAUGAACAUACA